AUUUUCCUGCUUGCAGUAAAAACAAUCUUACAAUCACUUACAAUAACAUUUGCAAGUAGGUCAGUCAGUGACAGUGACUUGUAGACGAUAAGCAUGAAGACGUCAAAUUAUUAUCAUUGAGUCUAUGCAAAACUAUAUUUAAUGCAAUAGACAAAGGAAAGAGGAAAGUGGUUGAAAAUUCGCGAGGAGUAAUAAUUGCAAACGAGUCGGAUGAAGUGCAAGGAUGGAAGAAGUAAUCGUUGGUGGAGUUCCGGUCGAGUCCUUGACUGGGGAAUUGGCUGGAGUUUGGUCAGGAUGGCGAGCCUCGGGAGAUAGGGAAGUCGUUAGAGAAGCUUCCGCGAAGGGUUUGCAUAUAAAUCUGGCCUAUAAGUUUCUCACCCACAGAAGAGGAUGUUCCCACGACGAGGCCAAGUCCUAUUUUUCCAGCGAGGUCGACAUUUGGAUAAAUGAGCUGCUCAACAAGCGACAAGUUCACAAGGCUUCUCAUAUUCUAAAGAAUGUGGGGAAAAAUCCGUCCGAGUUUAUUUGCACAGUUUGCUUAAAAUGCAGAGAGCCGACUUUAAGAAAUUACCUGGCUCAUCAUUUAAUAAUUAUUAAUGGCUUCGAGGAAGAACAGUUUGAGGCUUUGGAGAUGAUAAAUUGGAUAGAGGAACAUGAGAAGAAUCAUAAACUCGACGGUGAGCUGAUAUCCCACAAAAGUUUGGAAGAUGUGAUUAAUUUGUCUCCGGACAUUAAAAAAUGUAUUUACGUUGAAUUAUAUUUUGAGAGUUUCAAUGCGAAAAUUGGACGAAAAUUAUCUAAUGACGCAGUUUGGAACUAUUUACUAAUGAAUAAUAAAAUUAAAUUAAUAAACAAUUGGAUCAGUAUUAACUAUGAAUGUGAUAUAAAAGAAAUUGACGACAAAGAUGAACUGGAACAGAACUUUGAAAAUCUAAAAAUAACCGAAAAAAUGAUUUCCUCGAUUGAAAAUUCAAAUGCAAUUACACCAGUCAUUCAAAUGACUCUUAAUCAUUUUUGCAGGUUUGGAGUAUUCGCAAAUAAAGAGAAAACGGAUUUUAAAUUAAUUUUGAAUAGACUAUUUAGCAGUUUAAAAACGCCUUCGGAAUUUCACGAAAUAUUAUCAAAGGAAUCGUCUAAUAUUGAUAGAUCAGAGUUUUUCAACAAAAUUGACGCUGUGAAAUAUUCGAGAAAUUUUAAUCAAGAUUCCACGGAAUUAAACAGUCAAAAAUUAUUUCACUCCCUACGAGAAAUGUGCGAAGAAAAUAAUGAAACGUACGAAAUUUUAGAACAAGGAAUUCUCGAAACAAUUUCCCACAUUUCUCAAGAUUCUCUCGAAUUUUUAAAAUCGAAUUACAUAAUAGCCUUUAUGUUAAUUUUAUUGCAACACUUGAAGAAAAAUAUUGAAACGAGUGUCGUUGAUAAUUUAACAGAGGGAGAAUUGUUAAAAAAUAUUUUUUCAAAACGAGACGAGCUUAAAAUUGGACAUUUAACAGUGCCUAGAGAAAUAUUGUCCAAUAUUUUAGAUCGUUUUCCAUAUUUAAAAGCGGAAAUUGAUGAAAAUUUGUCGCAAGUAAAUGUAACGAUGUAUCAACUUUUGGAGGGUUAUGAGAAUUUUCAUUCGAAACGAGUUUUUAAAUGGCGGCAAAAAAAUGAAUCGAUGCCAAAUUUUUCCAAUGGAUAUUUAACACAUAAAUAUGGACAUAAAGAGAAAUUAACGUAUAUUAAUUAUUUGAAGGAAUCGAGACCAAAUAUGGCGUAUAAUGUUCUUUAUCGUUUGGGUAAAAAAUCUUCAUGCAACAUCUCUUCUAAAAUGAAGUCGCAAGUUUCUCUCUCGGCACAUAUUUUUGCAUUGAGGCAUUUAAAUGAACUGGACAUUAUCAGCAGUUGUAUAUCUUUUAUUGAGUUAUUGGGUGUUGAUUCUGAUAAUUUGAGGCUUCAUGUAACAGUUGCUGCUUUUGUGGAGAAUAAAUUAAAUUUCUCUAUUGGAAAUUUAUUGGAGUCUGUGGUGUAUAAAGAUCAAGAAGACUUAAUAACAGUAUUAUCUCAUUUGGAGCGCAGUUUUAAUUUGUCACUGAUAACUAAUUUAAUUAAAGAGCCACGAGAAUUUUUAUCAGCUUUAAAAACGUGGGAUAUUAUCGUGCGAUUCGCAAGAGCGCACAACGCAACUAUCCCAACUUUAUUUCUUGAAUUUUUAGCAUCUAAUGAUAUGUGGUUCGAGUAUAUUUUAGUAGGUCAAAUAUUUUCUUAUCCUUCCGAGCAGAUUUUAGAGAAGAUUGUACUGUUUAAAAAUCCGAAUCUUCGGGAGCAUUUAAUAUUAUCAUUAAACAAUCCUUAUCUGUUGAGUUCAAAUUCUAUAGGAGAGGAUUCUAAAGUAAAGACUCGAGACUCCAGACAGUCUCUCUACAAUAAAAUUGGAGUUAAACAAACUUCACCAGAAUCAAGUUCUCCAAGUUCGGAAAUAUGUCAUUCAGCAAAAGCGCAUUCUACGUUUACUGAAAGUUCAAUUACGAAUUUGGGAGUUCGUUUAUUUAAUAAUGACUUGUGGCAAAUUGUUUUGAAAUGUCAUCAGAGUCAAGAUCCACCGAAAGCUUUAUUAAAGGCUUCUCGAACUUUAAAAUCUCCGAUUCUUACGGUUUUGGCUUCCUGUUACGAACCAUCCUCUGCUGCAACACAUUGUUAUUUUUGGCUCCUAGUGUCUGUGGAAGAUUCAGAAUUUUUUCUGAACUCGAAAGAUCCUUUAGAAGAUCAAGUUUGGUCGGCGGAUAAUGUUAUGGAGCUUUUUAAUAAUUUAGUUUAUCACAACUAUAUCAGUACUUUUAAUAAGGGUCUGACGAUUUUCAUGCCUGACAAUCCAUUAAGACUUUUUUCCGAAUUUUUGGUUGAGUGCAUAUGCUUGGGAGAUUUCGAAAAAUGCCAGACGAUUUUAACGAAUUUUAUUUCCAGUUGUUCUACACUCAAGUGUAAUAAAAUGAUGGACUGGAAAACUGACGAAUCGUAUUUAGAUAACAUUUACUGGAUCGAAACAGUGGUAGUCAAAUGCCUUAUAACAGCUUUGGGAAAAUGUUUUCAAAGUAAAUGUUUACAGAUAAAAUUUUUAGAAAUUUUGACGAGUUGUGAUUUUUUCAAGAAUUUAACAGUUAAUGCUCCAAAUUUUUAUUCACUAUUGGAAAUUAUGAAAAUUUUGAUAAAAACGGACGUUGCAUUUAAUUUUCUAUUUUUUGACAUUGUUGAUAAUGAGCAAAUUUUUAAUAAUGAAAUUGAAAGGUGUAUCAAUGAAUUGUUGGAGAAAGAAAAUUAUACAAGUGCCUUAGAAUUGUCAAAAGUAGCAAAUUUGAAACCGUCGAAAAUAAUUCUUGCACAGUAUCGAAGUGAAUUCAAGAAACAAAUGGGCGUGAUUGAAUCAAACUUUUGGAAAAAAUGUUCCGCCGAUUUUAAAUUGCAUAAAGUUUGUUAUGAAAAAGCGGCCGAAUUUUUUGUGGAACAUGCCGAAAAAAUUCAGUCUAGUAAGGAAAGGUUUGAAAUUCUAAAAUUGGCUUUAGAGAUUCUCAAGGAAAAUUCCGAUGAUUGUCAAACUUGUGAUAAAGCGGAAAUGGCUAUGUGGAAAUCCUGCAUUCUAGCCGGUCCCGAAAAUAUUGAGAUUAAGAGUGAAAGUGAACUUUUUCGGAAACUGAAAACUGAACUCCUGUCUGAAUUGAAUAAUUUGCAAAUCACUUGUAUUCUCAAUGAUCCUCAGGAAAAGGCCGCUCUAGAAGCGUUGAUUAAUAAAUUAUUAGACGCUGGAAAAUUGGAUAGAGCACUUAGAAUAAGUGCAAUUUUUAACUACAAACAUAAAGACGUACAAAUCUUGAUGCUGUGUUUAAGUUUAGCCGAGGGGGAGAUUUUGCCCCAUCAAUUAACAAUUCAGCAAAAAAUGUUAAUAUCCGAAUCAGGAAAUACAAAGCAAAGACUUGGAAUUUUGAGAAACAGAGGACUCACCAGAUUGCCAUCAUCAUCUUCUUUAAACUUGAGCGGCACUCACGAAGCUAGCGAAUCAACGACUGCAGUUAAUCAAGAGGAGUCGGAUUGUUUGAUGAUAUUGACGAGAUUGUUGAAGAGUCUACAGAGCGGCGUCGCUAUCGGAACGAGAAUCGUCACUUGUUACAAAUUAUCUAUAACUUUGGGAAAAAGUUAUUAUUCUUUACUGAUUCUCAAUGACCCGAUGAGACUCUUGCAGGAAGUUGUUUUAAGUAAUUACGAUCGUACUCUGGAAAUCGCUAAGGAUAUAAUAAGUGCAUAUCAAAUCGAAAGUCGUCAAGUUGCUCAAUUUUUGGCUGAAGAGAUUGUUGCUUCAAUUACACGAGUCGUAGAAGAUGGAAAUAACGAUUCAACUGUCUGGAGCUACCCUCUCGAUAUUAGUCUUCAUUCUGUGAUCGAAUUAUCCAAAGAUACUUCAAUUUUGGGAUUGAAAUUACUCGACAUUGCCAGUAAAUUAUUAGGACAUUCGAAUGGUGAAAAGCGAAAUGUGAUAACUCUAAAAAUUGCUGUUGAAUUAUUAAUAAGAUCUCACGACUGUUUCACUACUUCCUGUAAUAUGGAAGGUAUCGCUUCAGUUUUGAGAAAAUGUCAACAGUUGGCUAAUGCUUUACAAAAUUUAAAACUCUGGAGUUUAUUGGUGCGUCUCGUUACCGGAGUGGGACGUUUUACUGAGAUGAAUUACGUUUUCAAAAUACUCAAAGAACACGAUCAAUUUGAAUUUUUAUUGGGAAAGGGCUUGGACAAAGUUCCGGGUUUAAAAAUGGCUCUUCUCGACUUUGUCAAGCGUUAUUGUCCAGAGAAUAAGGAAUUGUUGAACAUCAUUGCACUUCACUUUCAUCUACAUUACGAAAUCGCUCUCACCUGGGAGAAUGAAGGGCGAGAAGUUAUCGACGAAUUGGUCAGUGAAGCAAAAAAGGAGAAUCUAAAGUCUCAGAACUCCUUUCCAAUCGAAGUGAAAUUAACGAGGGACAAAAUCACAGAGAAGAGAUUACAAUUGGUCAUCUUAAACUUUACUCUCGCUACGCACUAUUUUUUACAGGACAAUAAAUUAAAUUUGGCAAAUCAUUCCUCGCAUCAGGCAGAGUUAGUGGCUUUGCAACUUUCAUUGUUUUAUGUAGUCCAAGAAAAUCAUCAGUUUGCCUGCAUUUUAAAUUUAAAUAAAGAUGAGGUUGAUAAAGCGAUUUGUCAGUUUUUGAACUUUCCACAAGCUCUGAUUGUCGCGAGAGCUUAUAAUCAUCAUGUUGACUGGGCGAAUGCUGUUUACAAUCAUUGUAUCCAUCAAGGGGAAACCAAGUAUUUAAAGGAAUUCGUAACGUCCAAUAGAUUUACAACAUCUAUUAUCAAUGAUUGUGUUAGAAGAUAUCGUCUGGAGAAGAUCAUUACCAAGUCCAUGACAGAGAACAUGCGGAUGCUGGUGGCUCAUUUGAAUGACGCACAAUUUAAAUAUGUUAUAUCAAGUCAACUUGGUUUUAAAGAUAUUAUUGAAACAAUGUUAGAAACUCCGGCUAUCGGCUCGUAUCUCAAAGAUACAGUCUGGAAGAAUCGUUAUGACGAUUCGGGUUUUUUAAGUUAGCUGACGAUUGUUUCGAAGUGAGUGAUUUCUUAAAAAAGAAGGGUGGAGUUAGACUCUACUUAAAUGAAAAUGCUCUUUAAAAAGAGUAAGAGAAUUUAUUCUCUAAUAAUGAAAUUUAUUAUGUACAUAAAAUGUGCUGUUAUAUCUAUGAUAUGUAUUUUUUGUAUGGGAUUUGUUUUUAAAUAAAUGUUCUGUAUUUUUUUAUUAUAAAUAA